CGGCCUUUAGGGCUCCGCGGAGAUUAAAAUCGCGCAGCGCGCGCGCGGGCAGCUCAAAUCGUCUGCUCCAUUCGUCUCGCUCCUCGCCGGCCGCUGCGAGCCAUCAUGCUCUCCGUCCGCGCCCCGCUCGCCACCAUUACGGACCAGCAGCAGCUGCAGCUGUCGCCGCUGAAGGGACUCAACCUGGCCGACAAGGAGAACACGCCCCCGUCCCUGAGCGGGACCCGAGUCCUGGCCAGCAAGACCGCGCGGAGGAUCUUCCAGCCGCAUCAACAACAGAAGGGCAAGGGACCUUCCCCCAGCGUGGAGGACGAACCGCUGCUGAGAGAGAACCCCCGGCGCUUCGUGAUCUUUCCCAUCGAGUACCAUGAUAUUUGGCAGAUGUAUAAGAAAGCCGAGGCCUCCUUUUGGACGGCUGAGGAGGUGGAUCUAUCCAAAGACAUUCAGCACUGGGAAGCACUAAAGCCUGAGGAGAGAUAUUUUAUUUCGCAUGUCCUGGCUUUCUUUGCUGCCAGCGAUGGCAUAGUCAAUGAGAAUCUGGUGGAGCGGUUUAGCCAAGAAGUUCAAAUUACAGAAGCCCGCUGUUUCUAUGGCUUCCAAAUUGCCAUGGAAAACAUACAUUCUGAAAUGUACAGUCUCCUUAUCGACACUUACAUUAAAGACUCCAAAGAAAGGGAGUUUCUCUUCAACGCCAUCGAGACCAUGCCCUGCGUGAAGAAGAAGGCGGACUGGGCCUUGCGCUGGAUUGGGGACAAAGAGGCCACCUAUGGAGAGCGUGUGGUCGCCUUUGCGGCCGUGGAAGGGAUCUUCUUUUCCGGUUCUUUUGCGUCCAUUUUCUGGCUCAAGAAACGGGGACUGAUGCCUGGCCUUACCUUUUCCAACGAACUUAUUAGCAGAGAUGAGGGCUUGCACUGUGACUUCGCCUGCCUGAUGUUCAAGCACCUGGUGCACAAACCCUCGGAGCAGAGAGUGAAGGAGAUCAUUGUCAACGCCGUCAGGAUCGAGCAGGAGUUCCUCACCGAGGCCUUGCCCGUGAAGCUCAUCGGGAUGAACUGCACUUUAAUGAAGCAGUACAUCGAGUUUGUGGCUGACAGGCUCAUGCUGGAACUGGGCUUCAGCAAGGUUUUCCGAGUGGAAAAUCCGUUUGACUUCAUGGAGAAUAUUUCUCUGGAAGGGAAGACGAACUUCUUUGAGAAGAGAGUAGGCGAGUAUCAGAGGAUGGGAGUCAUGUCCAGUCCUACAGAGAAUUCUUUUACUUUGGAUGCUGACUUUUAAAUGAACUGGAGAUGUGCUCUUAUUUUGCUGAUUUUUUUUCCCCCUUUGUCAUUAAAAAAAAAAAAAAUCAGCUAAAGUAAAUCAGCCAGCUACACCACGCCUUGUCCAGUGUUUGUUAAUGGCACCUGUAAAACUGUGUAGCUACCUCAGUCAGUCCUGUUUCGUAACAGUGCUAUAGCAGUGUCACCUAAGGAGAGGACGUUUAAGCCCAGCCCCCUGGAUCCUUUGGAAGAUCCGGUCCUGCUUUGCAAACACGUGUUAGCUGCGACACCACCACAGCACUACGGCGAGGGGACCCCGGCAGCUCAGCAGGAUAAACACCGCCCAGGCAGAGAAGGCUGGCAGCCACACAGGCAAAAGUUUGCUGAACUGGUGGUAAAUCAGACUGGCACUUUUCACACAAACCGGAAACUGUACUGUCGGGGGAACGCCUGCUCAAAGUGCAAAGUUGUCAUGAAUUGAACCACUCUUUUUUUUUUUUUUGGUUUGUUUUUUGAGACAGGGUCUCACUCACUAUGUA